UAUUUCAAAACGAAAAUAUGCUGCGCCCCCCUCCAAAAAACAGCGUGACGUCAUUUAUGGCUGCCCUAUUAACGAUUUUUGCCUUUGUGCCUUUGACACAUUUUGGCCUAUUUUAAAAGCUAGCAAUAAUGGCUGUACUAAUGGUGAGAUCUAAGUGAAUCUACGUCGUUUCUUUUGUAAAAGUAGUGACUAGUGAGAAAACCUAGUAAAAAUUAAGAAAAUUCAAUGAUCCGCGUUUUAUUAUUAUUUUUGGCAGCACUGCAUUGGGCGACAACAGCUGUUUGCCGGUCGGUAGUGUCAACUGUGCAAGAAGAAGAAAGAAGUAAAUAAACACUAGAACAAAUGCAAAGUGACUGGCCGAGUUCAAAAAAACGUCUCUCUGAACCAUUUAUCUCUAAUGAAAGCAUUGCCUGCAUCUGGAAUGCGUUUCUGUGUUCUUCCAUUAUGUUUUGGAGAAGGAUGAGGGGAGCGAAAGACGACGAAGGAAAUAUAUUCCAGUUUUCCUUUUGUUUCUCGAUUUUACUAGUCAAUAUUAUUUUUUGCUACGUACUUUCCAAUUUUCGCCAUAAAGAGAAACUUCAGGUGGCGUUAUUCCUGAAAUAUGGGUUUGUUACUUCAACACUGGUCUAUAUUGUAUCGAUUUUAUUUGGAGCACCUCUCCUCAAAGACUGGGAUCAAACAAUUUCAUUUUCCAUGCUGCUAAGUGCCCUUAUCCUACCAUCUGUUGCUGCUUGUGGCAAACUUGGGAACUUCUUCAACUUUUCGUGUUUGAAUUUGAUGGGGACAAAUGAAUUGUUUACUUGUUUUGGCGCUUGGCUGGGAGCGUUCGUGAUUCCGUUAGACUGGGAUUGUUCUUGGCAGGUAUGGCCCGAGCCGGUGGCAGUCGGGGCGGUCCUGGGCUGCGGUUUGAGUAGUUUGCUGAAAUUAAUGAGGCCAGCAAUGACGAUAACUUGGGCUGGAUAUAAGAUGUAUUGGCCUACCAAUUUUUUUGUACAUGAACGGCAUGUUUGAAAACGAAAUGGAACUAGAUGAGAAAAACUG